AUGACGGGCAAGAGCCUUUUGGCAUGGCUCGCCUUUGGCUUCAGUCUUACCUCUAUUGGCGUACACGCCCAGCAGUCUGAGUCGUUCACUGAUUCCAAAACAGGAAUUACAUACCAACAAGUUACCCAGGGUGACUACACUUUCGGUAUCGCCCUCUCUGAAACCUCUUCUACCGAUUUCAUUGGCCGGCUCAGUGCCCAGACCAAAGGAUGGGCAGGCGUAUCACUCGGCGGUCGCAUGAGUGGGAGCGUCAUGGUCGUUGCUUGGCCGAAUGAAGGCAGCAUUGUGUCGUCGCUACGCAAAGCAACCGGCUACUCAAGCCCUGCUGUUUUCACUGGCACUGGGUCAUUGAAGCCUAUACCUGCCGGCAACUCUAUUGACGACACGUCAUUCACCUAUACGUUCCUAUGUGAGGGCUGUCUCCAAACUGAUGGCAGCACUUUUGCGGCGGAUGCUUCGUCGGCCAACAUUGGCUAUGGCCUCGCGGCCUCGGCGGUCAGCUCGCCCUCGUCACCUUCUUCCGCUCUUGGCUUUCACUCUUCAGGCUUCGGUCUGUUCGGGGUAGAUAUUGCCGCUGCGAGAUCAUCAAAGUUUGCCGAAUGGGCCGCCCAAGCUGAGGACCCCGACUCACCCGGCGACCCCGGCGGCCCUCCUGGAGGUGGAAACGGAACAGUCCCCAUCUCUAACUCGACUUACGACUAUAUAGUUGUAGGUGGCGGUCCUGCUGGUCUCAUUGCAUCACAGCGUCUGACAGAGACCGGCCGCUCCGUUCUGCUCAUUGAGCGCGGCAAGGCUUCCACCGCGUCAAGCGGAGGCACGCGGUUUGUUCCGUUCAACGAUAGUCUCACGUAUUACGACGUCCCCGGGGUUUUCUACUCUCUGGCUACUGCUACGCAGGGAGAGGGAUAUUGCACAGACACGGCCGCCAUUGCUGGGUGCAUUCUCGGUGGAGGCGGCUCCGUCAACGGUCUUGCAUUCAUCCGCCCUCCCACCUGGGACUUUGAUGACCAUUGGCCCGAGGGAUGGAAAUGGUCAGACGUCGAAGCCGCAUCCGAGAGACUUUAUUCCAGAAACCCAGGGACAACAUCACCAUCCCGUGACGGCAAAUGGUACGAUAAUGAGGUUACCGAUGUGAUGGGCCCCUGGCUCGAGAGCAAUGGCUGGAAUCGAUCUGAUAGCAUCUUGGACACCGAUGACAAGAUUAAAUCUUUUGGCCCUCCUUCAAUUAACGUCGCUAACGGUCUCCGUGCCGGUCCCAUCCAAACCUAUCUACCCUUAGCCCAGGCAACUGGAAGAUUUAAGCUUGAACUUAAUAUGAAGGUCAUCAGAGUGAUUCGUACUGGAUCUACCAUGACUGGCGUCGAAGUGGAGACAGCGAGCGGCCGACUGAUCAUCAACUUGAAACCGGGAGGUAGUGUUGUCCUUGCUGCCGGCGUCAUGUCCACUCCCAGAGUCCUCUUCAACUCAGGCAUUGGCCCUGCGGAGCAAAUAAACAUCGUCAAGUCGGGCUCGGCUAGUGUCACACUCCCGCCUGAGAACGAGUGGAUCGAGCUUCCUGUCGGCAAAGUGAUCAAAGAUCAUUCGCGUUAUCAGAUCACUUUCAAUGUGACCAACGGUUUGACCACAUACAGUCAGGACCAGCUAGUACACCCUUCAGAAGCGGACGAGAAGCUCUUCAAUGCGGGUUCGGGUGUUCUUACUCAGUCUUUCCAACGCCUGGAUGCUUGGAGACGGGUCACCACAACGGAUGGCCACAACAUCAUGUUCCAAUCGUACUGCAACUCCAACGCCAAUGGCACGGUCACAUGUGGUCUGAUGAUGACUCACGGGUUGACUUCAGUAGGCACGCUCGGAAUCGAUGGUACUGGCACCACACUCUUUACCAAAGAGCCCUGGACGAACACUGAUACUGACCGGGAGGCAUGGGCCCUCUUUAUCAACGAGCUUUUAGACAUGGCUCGUAAACCUGACAGCCCGCUCGUCUUCUCUGGUGGUUCUAAUGCCACAGCUGAUGUUCUUCUUAGCACUCCUGUCCAGCCUGGCAUCCAUAUGGUCGCAAGUGCUAAGAUGGGCACCGAUGAUGGCCGUUCAAAUGGCACAGCAGUUGUCGAUCUGGACACUAAGGUGUACGGAACCGACAAUUUGUUCGUGGUUGAUGCAUCCUUCCACCCUGACCUUCCUACUGGGAACACUCAAGCUAUCGUCAUGGUCGCUGCUGAACGUGCGGUAGAGAGAAUUAUUACGCUUCAAAGCAGUGGCUGCUCGCAGCGGAAGAAACGGGCUGUUUAUUUGAGUCCUUGA